CAGCUGGACAGAAACACGGUGAGAGCAGUAAAGGCUUUAGCGGAGGCAGCAGACGGACCUGCAGCUCGUGUAUCCGGAUGAAAGAUGUCUGUGAACGAGGUUUAUGUGUUCCGACCCUUCAAGCUGAUCGCGCUGCUCUGCGUCUUCCUGGCUCUGUGUCUGGACGUGGUGGCUCUGCUCAGCCCGGCCUGGGUCACCGCCGACCACUUCUCCCAGUCUCUGUGGGAGUCCUGCUCCCAGUCCGAGGCCCGGCAUCCCACCGAGGAGGCUCCGUGGAGCUGCUUCUCCACCCUCGCAUCUGACUGGCAGAUUGCCACCCUGGUGCUGCUGGGGACCGGAGCGGUCGCAACUCUGGUGGCCUUUCUGGUGGCCCUCAUCUCCCUGUGUAGAGGCACCCAGAGACAACACUACCGCACUGUGGCGGUGUUCCUCUUCACUGCAGUGGUUCUGCAGGCCUGCGCUCUGGUCCUCUACCCGAUCAAGUUCAUCGACGGAACCGUUCUGCAGACCUAUCAUGAGUUCAACUGGGGCUACGGGCUCGGCUGGGGAGCCACCAUCUUCAUGCUGGGCGGAGGGAUCCUCUUCUGUCUGCGGACGGACAUAUACGAGGAUGCGAUGUACUAAUCCUUCAUCAGCCCUCGCUGCAGGGAAAACACACAAACGCCAACAUAGACCUUCUUCACUCUGCACACGGCCGAUAUGAGCACAGACCUUAUCUCUCAGUUUCUCUUGCCGUCUUGCUCUCUUUGUUAUUUUUGGAAGAGGUUAUGAAGGCCUAAUUUAGGCCACGGCUGUAUGAAUAGAAUGCCCCCCUCCCACCUCCGUGCAGCCAGUGGGUCCCUCAGCCCUGCCGGUAUCGGGGGCGAGGUGGCAAAGCUGAAGCAGGGAGAUUUUUCUGGACAGGCUCGAGCCACUGUGCUGGACGUUUCCACUGCACGAUGACCUGAAUCUCUAUUGUUAGAGAGAAACAGGACAGUAGAUUCUCUGCACAGUCCUGAAUGUGCAGCGGUUGAAUAUUUAAUGGGACUGAUUCGUCUCCACAUUUCCUUUUUUUUAAUCAUUUUUGUAGCUUUUCAUGAGGAUAAGCUUGUGUUAAUGUAUUUAUGGCAUCAUUUUCCACUUCUAAAUAUUGAAAACCUGAACUUCUCACUCUGUCUUCGCUGAAACAUAUCUAGUAAGUGUAAAUUAGUCAGCUUUGAUACAUGCUAUCGAGUGUUUAUAGUUUGUUUGGGGGAAAAAAAAUCACACCAGUUUGUCUUGAAUGAAAAAUGUAAAUGUGUACAAAGUAUUUCUACAUGAAGGAGAAUUCAGAAUAAAUGACUGUAGUUUUGGGAGCAGUA